AUGUUGACAGUGGGCUUCAAAGCCAAAGCAGUACAAAUGGCCAUCGGAAGAGGGUUGUGGGACCAGUAAGUCAGUUAACCAGCAAAAUGCACUUUGACUUUGCAGGUCCCACCCUCUUCUUCUGAUUUUAACAUUGCAUAUUAAUAUUGCAGCAACUGCUUAAUGCACAGGUUAACGAGGUGUGGGAGCCCUGCCUUUUUUGGCAACGAGGCACCUUCAAAAGGAGGAGCACAAAUCUCAAUCAAACAAACCUACUGGGUGCGUUUUAAUCGAUUCCAGAGGCGUGAUGGGUUUGAAAGGGUUAAGGGUAAAAAAAGAUAAAGCGAGCCUCGCUUCCUAGAGCGGCCCUGAGAAUGAGUGGGCACGUGGGUGUGCGCCGAUUUGUGUUGAAGGUUCCUUCCUGUUCCGCCUUUUGGACCCUCCCCCGCCCGCCCUCCCGCUGUUGGCAGAAGUGGCACCUGGAGUUCAGCUGCAGCAGCGACCUUGCAGGGGUCGCCCUCAGAGGAGGUGAGAGAUGCGCGGAGCCUCCUUUCUCAUCGGGGGGGGGGGGGAGCGAAUUCAGCAUUUAUUUUCCAGGCCGAGGUGAACAGUGGAGCUUUUUAUUUUGCAGUUUCCUCUUAGUUUGGAGUCCCAAAAGGACCUGCAAAUUCGGUUGGUUGGUUGAAAGCCACUGCGGCGGGGGGUGGGGGGAACAACACAGAUUUUCUCUCCUUCCCACCCCACACCGUUUCCCUUUCUUUUUAAAGCUAGGGUGGGGUGGGUUGCUAAUAAUAAUAAUAAUAAUAAUAAUAAUUUUUAUUUAUUUAUAUGCCACCCUCCCCAGCCGAAGCCGGGCUCAGAGCGGCUAACAACAGUAAAAGUAACACAGUUUACAUAAAAUCAGAAUCGAUUAAUUGAAAUGCAUUCUAAAAUCAAUUCAUUCUAAAAUCAAUUCAGAAUCAAAUUAGGAGUGUAACUUUGGAACCCCAGAAUUGGAAGGGGCCCCGAGGGUCAUCCAGUCCAACCCCCCUGCAUUGCAGGAAUCUUUUUGGCCAACAUGGGGCUCGAAUCCACAACCCUAUACCGAUUGUUUUUUAGACGAUCUAGCUGAGCUGGCUGUAGCUCUCGUGAGGUUUCAGGCAGGAGAAAUUUCCAGCCUUUAACAUGGAGAUGCCGGGGACUGAACCUGACAGUUAUUGAUGACUAUGCUUGGCUAUGCUUGGAGGGAAUAAUGCUUCUGAAUACCAGUUGCUGGAAACGACAGGAGGUGAGCGUGCCCUUGUGCUCGGAUCCUGCUUGCAGGUUCAUCUUAUUUCAACAUCCUCAGAGCCUCCCUCAGAGUGGAGACCUGGAGAAGGGCCUCAGAAGAAGAUCUAAAGGUCUCUCACAUCAGGAGAGACAUUCCAGAACAUAAUGGGUUCCUGAGCUGCGUCAGCGUGUAAGAAAUCUGAGAUUGUAAGAAAUCUUUUAUAAAAAAACAUUUACAAUAUACAAUGCAGCUGUUUGCAGAAGUAUUUUAUAUUCAUUAAGAGCGAGAGAGAAGGCUAAGGGAUGUCUAGCAGCCCCCGCUCUAGGGCCCGGAGGGGGGGAGAGUGCGGUCUCCAAAGGCCGAUCGAUUGCCAAAUGACUGAUAUUUGUGGAACACAGUUUAAUACUGCAAACAGUUUUGCCUAAUAACUUAGUUUGGAAGAUACUGGUUUAAUAAAGCUCAAAAGGAAGGUUUGGACAAUUAUAAAAAAAAUUGUUUUCAAAUAGGGGCAAAAAUGUGCUGAGGCUUUUCUUUUUCUUACAAACAGGGAGAAUUGA